GGUACCCCCCGCGAGGGGCGGGGGCGGUAGUUCGCAGACAUGGUGCUCUUUGCAACUCCAGAAUACGGUGGACAGCAUAGGCGAGUGAAUGACACAAGACUCGCCCAAAGUGAACUAGCAACUUCAAAGCCGCUCAGACACCACACCAGCUUCAUCUGUCUCCAGUGACUCACUCCAUAGUACAGGACCGAUCUAAAAACACUGCAACUGGUUUCAUUUGUCAACCCACGGUACAGAUGGCCGUGGCAUUGUACAGAUCAUACACCUUUUCAAGGGAGAUCGAUCGUAUAUGUUAAGCAAGCCAUCGGACGACAAGCCUGAACAUUUCAGAAUUAAAGACUAAAAUAAGAUAUCUUAUAGAUUUAGCAAGGCGGUGGAAAUGGCUGGUGAUUGAUUCCACGUUUGCAACCUCUUUCUCCAAUAGGGCUUCCUAGACAAGCCGGCUCCCCAACAACCGGAUUAUCUCUACUCUUCCCCCGCUCCGUGUCCGAUCAAACAGGAGACUCAAAAGUGAAUCUGCAUCACUUUUUUUUCGGAAUUUUUUUCCGGAACAGAUAGUGGUGGCUGUGGCUGGAAAGGCUGGUGCUUUGGCGAUAACAACUUCUCCCAUCUCUAUCUGGCAGUGCCUUUACGACCUAAGACUGUUUGCACCCGACUCCAGACUGAGACUGCCCAACACCGAGGGCUGGACCUGUGACGCCGCAGCUCGUCUUCUGACGCCCUUCCGAUAAUGUAAUUUUAAACAGCGGUGUGAGGAGCUGAAGAUGGGGGGCAGUCAUUCUCACAAAACUCCGGUUUUUGAUGAGAACGAGGACGUAAACUUUGACCAUUUCCAGAUCUUAAGAGCAAUUGGCAAAGGCAGCUUUGGCAAGGUCUGUAUUGUGCAGAAGAAAGACUCAAAGAAGAUGUAUGCCAUGAAAUACAUGAACAAGCAACAGUGCGUGGAGCGUAAUGAAGUGCGAAAUGUAUUUAAAGAAUUGCAAGUUAUGCAGGGUCUGGAACAUCCAUUUCUUGUCAAUUUAUGGUAUUCAUUUCAGGAUGAGGAAGAUAUGUUUAUGGUAGUGGACCUUCUUCUGGGCGGAGACCUUCGUUAUCAUCUACAACAGAAUGUUCACUUUAAGGAGGAAACAGUGAAACAUUAUAUUUGUGAGCUGGCUCUGGCUCUGGAUUAUCUUCAGAGCAGACACGUCAUUCACCGGGACAUUAAACCUGACAACAUUCUUCUUGAUGAUCGUGGACACGUGCAUGUCACUGACUUCAACAUUGCAGCAUUGGUAAAGAAGGAGAAGCAGGCUACUUCAAUCGCAGGCACAAAACCUUACAUGGCUCCUGAGAUAUUCCAUCCUUUUGUAAAUGGUUGUACUGGCUAUCUCUUUGCUGUAGACUGGUGGUCUCUUGGAAUCACAGCCUAUGAGCUUCUCAAAGGACAGAGACCAUAUGAAAUCCGUUCCAACACUUCAGUUAAUGAAGCCGUUCACAUAUUCAACUCUGUCAGCAUAAGCUAUCCCUCUAGCUGGUCCAGUGGAUUGGUGUCACUGCUUCGGAAGCUGCUUACAAUUAGUUCAGAGCAACGCCUCUCCAGGCUGGCAGACAUGCAAACCUUUCCUUACCUCGCCGAUAUCAACUGGGAUGCCGUUUUGGAGAAGAAGCUCACUGCUGGUUUUAUUCCCAAUAAAGGACAACUAAACUGUGACCCCACAUUUGAACUCGAGGAAAUGAUUCUGGAGUCUAAACCCCUUCACAAGAAGAAAAAGCGUCUGGCAAAAAAGUUGAAGGAAAACAGAAAAGACAAUUCAUCACUGAAUGGCAGUCAGGAGAAAAACCGUUCUCAUUGGAAUUUUACACGCUUUGCGAAGAAUGGACACCUUCAGCAACAUUUAGACACAGUCCGGAAGGAAUUUAUUGUUUUUAACCGAGAAAGACUCAAUCAAAAUCCAGGUCAAGCACAGCAAAAAUGCACAGCAGACAAAAUGGAGCAUCAGAAAGAAGGCGAUGACGGAAAAAACAACAAUGUGAUAAGACAAUUCGCACGCAGCCAUGUUAGUUAGGCUGCGCUCCGGGAGCAUAGCACCUCUGGGAACUUCAAAACUAGAUAGGAAACGCACCAUGAAUCUGCAUAGUACAUGUCAGCCCUAACCGUUAAAAAAAGACAUUGUCAUAGCUGCUAUCAGUGCUUGAAUGCACCACAUAGCAUGGUACUGAGCAACACAAGCUAGAAGAUCCCAGGUUUAAUCCUGAAUUUUGCUGAGUCUCCGCCCGGGCAGCAGGUGAGAGGGGUGCCACAAUUGACCUCAGCACUUCUGAGCAAGGCAAGUGAGGAAAUGGGGUGUGCCGAGGUGGGUGGAGAUGGAGUUCAGGGAACCUGCCGAUCACACAAAAACACUAAAAAUGGCUCUCAGGCCAGUGAGCAUGCGGACGCCGGUACUCUGCAUACGUUUCCAGAGGAAGUAAGCUCCUUAAUGAGGCAUGAGGGAGAUUACUGGCAAGUCUUUGUGAAAGUGUUUUUCUUUUGCAGAGAGAGUGCAAACCAGACGGCAAAACACAAAUAGUGCAGACGCUGGAAAUCGUAAAAUAUACCGUACACAGCAGGAGAGAGUAACUGUGGAGAGCGGAAAGAGUAGGUAUUUCAGGUCAUUGACCUCUUAGCAGUAAAACAGUGAUUGCCUUGAAAUAUAAACUUGGUUCAUCUCUCCACAGAUGCUACCAAACCUGCUGAGUACUUCCAGCAUUUACACCUUUUAUAACAAAUCCAAAAAAAUGUAUAUCAUUCACAUAUCAUUGCCACCAUGCUGUCUAGAGACGGAAGGUUGUUCAAACAACAGUGCGACUUUAACCAUGUGCAUUAACUAGAUACUAACUCUAUCACACAAAAAAAUGAAGCCAUGUUGGCUCAGCACCAGAUCAAAAUACUUGUUACAGAUUUGGAAUCAUUAUCAGUUGAAAAAAAAGUCUGGGUUGCCAAUGAAGGCCUGAGUCUACCCAGCUACCCUAUGCCUUAACCUCCCAAGAUGCUGUUGCCACUGAUGGCGACAACUUGGGAUUCAGCAGCACUCACCAGAUCCCACCAUUAGUAGCUUUGAAUAUGUGUCUGGGAAAUGCAGUAGAACAGUUUGUUUUCUAUGCUCCAAGUUUACAUUUAAACUUUUUUUUUGGAUGUUACUGUUAUUAAGUAUGGAAAAUGCAGUUUUAAAAACAUAAAUUAAAGACUAACCUGUUAUGAAGUUUUUAACAACCUAUGUUCACUUUUUAACCAAAUAAAUAAUCUCAUAACGGC